AUGGAGCCUCCUCAGGGCCACAGUCAUGAUGCCGGCAGCUUGCUCAGCCUAGGAGCUGAGGAAAAUGGGGAAGAACAGCUUGGUCCGUUCCUGGACCGGAUGAGUGCUUUAGUGAUCUCCAGAAAGCGAACAUUUCCUGGCCGAGGCGAGUGGACGGAUUCUGUCCCCCAACCCCCGCCGCCCUCGUAAGAAGAGGAAAGAGAAGAAGAGGAAGGAGAAGAAGGCCAUGUUGGCGCCAGUGCUCAGGGCCCAAUUGACGACAGGAACCUUGAGGGUGGUGGCGCCUACAGUGGUGAUGAGGAGCACCAGCUGCAGCAGGAGGAGGGAACCCCUGAGGAUGAGGGCGAUGGGAGUGUACUGUCUGCAGACUUGCAGCAGCUCUAAGAGCACACCAGGUUCACCCCAGGGCAAUUGCAGGAAUUGGAGAGCAUUUUCCAACGCAAUCAAUACCCCAACGGCCCAGUGAGAAAGGAGAUUGCAAGACAGAUGGGUGUGACUGAAGCCAGAGUGCAGGUUUGGUUCAAGAACAGGAGAGCCAGGUGGAGGAGACGACAUAGGGCACCAAGAUUCAGAAAUGUGCCCUUCAUGUGCCCAGGCCACCCUGUCACCAUAAUCUCGAGUGGCCCCUAUAAUACCAUGUUCAUUCUGAAGCCAGAUGGGACAUGGGUUCGUCUGGAGCCACUGCUGCUCUGGUCGCCCCUGUUUCCCCUGCCACCCAUGAUGCCUCUGCCACCCAUAAUGCCUGUGCCGCCCCUGAUGUACCUGCCUCCUCUGAUUCGCCUGCCGCAUCUGAUUCACCUGCCACCCCUGACACCCUUUCCUCACCUGUUCUUGCCUCCUCUACCUUUGUUUCUCCCGCCUUUGCCUCCUUUUGGCCUGGCUUCAUUUAACUUGGUCUCUAUUGUCAUUGCCAACAAUUCAUUUGUACUCCCCAUUUACUGA